UGCGGCUUUAAGCCCCGCCCACAUUUUACUCUCAGAGGCAGGCUAGGCGCGAGAUAGCGACAGAUACCGAAAUACCGAGGGAGAGAGAGAGGGAGGUGAGAGACACAGAGAGAGGGAAAGAGAGUGAGAGAGGGAGGUGUGCAGCCUCCUGUUUUUCCUCUCCCGUUCUCUCCUGCUCGUUCCUGACCGGACGUUACGUAGGCUAUCUCUCGCGCACACACCGCGCGCAUCUGCGGGGCUCGGACCUGCGGACGAGAGAAACGGAAACCGGGGAACCGAGCGCGUGCGGCACGGAGCCCGACCAUGAUGAAGAUGAUGUUGGUGAGUGGAGGUUCUAUCGUUAACGCCGAGGCGGUAUGGGAUCAUGUGACCAUGGCGGAUCGCGAGUUGGCCUUUAAGGCCGGCGAUGUCAUCAAAGUGCUGGACUCGUCCAAUAGGGACUGGUGGUGGGGGCAGAUCGACGAGGAGGAGGGCUGGUUUCCCGCCAGCUUUGUUCGGCUAUGGGCGAAUCAGGAGGAGACAGUGUUGGUGGAUCCAGCAGAGGGCGGUAGCGACGUUCAGAACGGCCACGCCGAGGCGAGUCCGAACCCGAGCAGCGACUGUGUGUGUUUGAGCCAGACGGCGCAGAACCGAGACCAGAUGAGGGCGAACGUAAUCAACGAGAUCAUGAGCACUGAGAGACACUACAUCAAACACCUAAAGGACAUCUGUGAGGGUUAUCUGAAGCAGUGCAAAAAGAGGAGAGACAUGUUUAACGACGACCAGCUGAAGGUGAUAUUCGGGAACAUCGAGGACAUUUACAGGUUCCAGCUCGGUUUCGUCAGAGAUCUGGAGAAACAGUUCAACACCGAAGAACCGCACCUGAGUGAGAUCGGACCCUGCUUCCUCGAGCAUCAAGACGGUUUCUGGAUCUAUUCCGAGUACUGUAAUAACCACGUAGACGCAUGCAUGGAGCUGACGCGUCUCAUGAGAGACGGCCGGUACCAGAACUUCUUCGAAGCAUGCCGAUUGGUCCAGCAGAUGAUAGACAUCGCCAUCGAUGGCUUUUUGUUAACUCCUGUCCAGAAGAUCUGCAAAUAUCCACUACAGCUGGCAGAGCUGCUGAAAUACACUGUACAAGAGCACAGUGAUUACCGCUACGUCGCUGCGGCGUUGGCUGUUAUGAGGAACGUAACUCAGCAGAUUAACGAAAGGAAACGAAGACUGGAGAACAUCGACAAAAUCGCUCAGUGGCAGGCCUCCGUACUGGACUGGGAGGGUGAUGAUGUCCUGGAUAGGAGCUCUGAGCUGGUGUACACCGGAGAGCUGUCCUGGAUCUAUCAGCCUUAUGGGAGGAGCCAAACACGGGUCUUCUUCCUGUUUGACCAUCAGAUGGUCAUCUGCAAGAAGGACUUGAUUCGACGUGAUAUCCUGUACUAUAAAGGACGGAUCGACAUGGACCGCUACGAGGUCAUGGACGCCAUCGACGGCAGAGACGACGAUUUUAACGUCAGUGUGAAAAACGCCUUCAAACUGACCAACAAAGACUCGGACGAAAUCCACAUCUUCCUCGCCAAGAAGCUCGAGGAGAAGAUCCGCUGGCUGCGAGCGUUUCAGGAGGAACGCAAGAUGGUGCAGGAAGACGAGAAAAUCGGGUUUGAGAUUUCGGAGUAUCAGAAGCGACAGGCAGCUCUGACGGUGAGGAGAGUAACCAAACAGAAAGGUAUGGGACGGUCGGCCCCGCCCUCCUACCCUCCCCCUCUGGACCCCGUGAACCCGGGUCACUUCCUCCUCCCGGAUGGAUACGAGUACGAACCCAAACGCAGCACGUCACCUUUCUGGCACAACAUCAGCCGCUUAGCGCCCUUUAAGAAAUAGCCACCGAGCGAAAGCGAACGCGAUCUUUCAGCCGGAGCAACCGCCAACAAAAACAAAAACAAUUUAACGUAACGAAAAAGAAGAAGCACUACCCCACGAUAAACAAAUUUUUAACACCACCGAGUGAAAAAACCAACACGGACCGCUGCGAUUUUCUGCAACAAUCAAACGUUACAAAAAAAUAAGAAGCACUAUCCUAAAUAUCUUUUUUUUUUCUUCUUUUUUUUUUUUUAGGAGGAAAGACACACACACACACACACACACACACACACACACACGCACACGCACAGCUGGAGAGAAGAAGCUGUACUGGGUUACGGCGCCCCCUGCCGGACUGGCCGCACUGAACUGUAUACACAUGACACAUUACACACUGGAGAAACACACACACACACACACACACACACACACACACACAGUACCGGUUAAACACACUUGUGCAUCCUUUUGGAAACCCAACGUCGCUCCGUCCUUCGUCCGAUGGGAUUUUCGAUGCGUUUUGUUUCCCUUUUUCUCUGCAAACGAAUUAAGAAUCAAUUUUUGAAACAAGAAAAAACAAAAAAAAAAGAAACACACGCACACACACACCUGAUAAAGCACUAACGACUCUCCGCUCUCUAGCGCCGCCCUGGUGUUCCUCCGUGCACUGUGACUAAUCGGGGCAUUUCUGUCUCUCUCUUUUUCUCCAUCGCUCCUUUUUCUCUCUUGACAGCUUAACACCCGGUCGAUCCUGCAGUACUCUUCGGAUAUGGUUCACGGUCCGUUCUCCCUCCUCCUCGACCCCCCACCCCUUUAUUUCGUGUGUGCGCGAGUUUCUCCGUGUGUUGCAUUCUUUCGGUUCUGCAUGAAAAUAUGAAACGGUCCGAUUACAGGUAUUUUAUAUUCUUACGGGUCAAAGUCGUUCAAAAGAGAUACAUUUUUGUACUGAACAACUGAAAAAAAUAUAUUUUUCUCCACGUGAAGGUUUUCCGGCCUGUGUCGAAUCACAAAGAUGUUUCUUCUUCAUCAGUUUUAUCAGUUUAUACAGUAUGCGGCAUACAUUGUGUUUCGAUAACCAACGGUAUCGAGUUGUACCUAGGGUUGUCAUGGUAACUGUGCAGAAAAUUACGCUAGCGUCUCUGUAUUUCAGCUAAAACUUAAGAAGCCUCUCAGUCUGGUUUUCGUCUUACGUUUAUUUCGCUUCGAUGUUCUUAACAGGUCCGACUGGUAUACGUGUGCUAGCUACGCUGCGUGAAAUCAAACAAAGUGAUAUUAUGUCCAACAUUACAGUUGCCAUGACAACUUCAUGUCGACGAAUGUGAAAAAUAUAAUUACAUACGGAGUAUAUCUAGGCAAAUUGUUAAUUUUAUGCGAAAAUUUCGUUCCGGGUAAAACCUAUUGAAGCCAAAGUUGAAAUCAGUCCUGGACAGAAACGUACGGAAUUCUGCGUACAUACAAUUUUAUUGAUAAUACAAGACUUUCUUUUUAAUCACUGAUGAAUUUUUCAUCUUGGAGUAAAACUGAUGAAGCACCCAAACAUCUGCAAGGUUACUGUAUAACACCUCCACGUCCAUUUGAGUCUUGACUCAUACUACUACUACUACUACUAGACGUAUAUUUUUUUCCAGUUGUUAAAUACAAUCUGGGACUCCUGCUGACAUUGGCAGGCUAAUCUUAAGCCUUAGCAAGCUAAUGUUGAAGCUAAAGUUUAGCCAAAAAUGAAACGUACACAAUUUUUCCGCUUCAAAUAUAAUCGAUUAGCCUGGACGCGUUUGGUUUGGUUUGAAGUUUGCUUCUUUAGUUUUGUUAGAAAUCUAAGAGGCUAACGUAGCUAACGAGUGUGUGUAUAGCUUAAAGGUUUUGCCUCAAUUACCACACACUAUGUCCUGGCUAAUUUUUUAUUUUUUUUAAAGCGGAAAAUUACGUGCAUUUUAUUUUUGGCCGAACUACUGCUAUUCUGCUAAUAAACUAGCAUCCGUGUUAUAUAAUAAGCUAAUUUUAAAUCUUUAUCUUUAAUCGAUUUCUAAUGAUAUCGAUCUGCACCCCGGACUUUGAUCCAAUCGGAUUGUUUAAUGUUGAUUAUUUAUUAGAUAGCUGGACUUUUUUUUGUUGUUGUUGCUAAUCUUCUCUCUAAUAUUGUGCCAAAAUGGUUUGGUUGCCAAAUUGUCCCAAAACAGGUGCACUGUUCCCUGUCCAGGUGGAACCCAGGUAUGUGUCUUCUCAGGAGACGUUUUCAAUUUAUUAAAGUUAACUUCAACUACGCUAAUGCUGCUAGUGUUAGCCUUUUAGGGUUUCUUUACAUUAUUUUUGGUUUAUUUUCCUCAAAAACAAUGGACUUGUGCAAGGUUUAAUUUAUGGUAUAUUAAAUUUUUCGAAAGAUAGUAUUUAGUCCAAAUCACAAUAUUUAAAAGUAUGAAUAUAAAGCAUUAUUUAUUCUAUUAUAAUGUGAUAUUUUUUUCCACAUCGAUGCUCUUUCUGGAUUUUGGAAGUGUGUCAAAAGGACAGGAAGUGAAAAUAUUAUUAUUAUUAUUAUUAUUAUUAUUAUUAUUAUUAUUAUUAUUAAUGAAAAGGAGAAAGACUUUGAAGAGGGAAAUAAAAGAGAAGUGGAUGAAGUUAUGUUGCACCAUAUGUACUAAGUGCCAUAUUAAAAUAAUAUUAGGUUAUGAAAGAAAAUAUCAGUUUAAUGUUUUAAUUUGGUGAUCUGAUUGACAUGGUAUCAAUAUUUCAUAAUAAACUUCGUUAUGAACACCA